AUGUACAUCCUCGCCGGCCCGUACUCUAUGUACAUCCUCGCCGGCCCGUACUCUAUGUACAUCCUCGCCGGCCCGUACUCUAUCGAGAAAGGCCGUCAAGAUUCAGAUCUCCUCUCUCGGUACAGUAGUAGUCCAUGCUCAGGUGCCUAUUUUGGGCCGCCCGCCUUUGUCUUAACCCGCAACGUCCGAGGUACACAGAUGUUCCUCUGCGUGUUUCGGUCCCACGGGUUGGACGGAAGAGGCGAUCACGGCGGCCGCGCUGGCGGGAUGAAGCAGCGCUGCGUGCAUCGUCAGGCGCCUGCCAAGGCUGGCGAUUCUGCCUGCGCCGACGCCCCGAGCAAGACUUUCAUGGCGUCCUUUGGCGGUGCUUGAGCCUCCCUGCAUCGUGUAUGGCCGGCGACGGGCGAUGGGGUUCAAGAGUGCUUGUGUCAGGAGGCAGCGAUGAAGCAUGAAGCAAGUCUGGUAUGGUAUGAUAUGACGCUUGCAUGCUUGGCGCCGACCAUUCCUGUCCUGUCACGCGGAGCCAAUGGAAGGAAGAGAAAUAUCUCCAUUGUCUAACUCGGGUUAGCAAGGAGGGGUGGUGGAUUUGCUGAGGAGACGCCGUUUAAGCUGUUGGUUGGCAGGGUGGAGUGACGAGCCUCGUCUCCUGUUCUGUUUUCAACUUCUUUGACCGAACUACACCUGCGAUGACGAUGCUAGUUUGACUAGUUUGACUUGUGGGACUAGUUUGACUAGUUUGACUAGUUUGACUUGUGGGUACUUCUGCAGAUCGGUGUCUAUCCCUUACUCAGAAU